AGGAUCUCAGGGGUGAAUGGAGUCCAUGUGUGCAUGGUGCUGGAGGUCCUGGGCCACCAGCUCCUCAAGUGGAUCAUCAAGUCCAACUACCAGGGCCUGCCCGUGCCCUGCGUGAAGAGCAUCGUGAGGCAGGUGCUGCACGGCCUGGACUACCUCCACACCAAGUGCAAGAUCAUCCACACAGACAUCAAGCCCGAGAACAUCCUGCUGUGUGUGGGUGACGCCUACAUCAGGCGCCUGGCCACCGAGGCCACAGAGUGGCAGCAAGCUCCCUCCUCGGCCUCUCUGGUCCCGGCCCCUCCCCACCUCCCUGCCCCCCUGCCCCCCCCCGGGGUGAAGACCGGUAAGCUGUCGAAAAACAAGAGGAAGAAGAUGCGGCGCAAACGGAAGCAACAGAAGCGGCUGCUGGAGGAGCGGCUGCGGGACCUGCAGAGGCUGGAGGCCAUGGAGGCGGCGGCCCAGGCUGAGGACGCUGGCUCGAGGCUAGAGGGGGGCAGCGGCUCCACCUCCUCUUCCGGCUGCCACCCCGGGGGGGCCAGGGCCGGCCCCUCCCCCGCCUCCUCCUCCCCGGCGGCCGCGGGCGAGCGCAGCCUCAGCCCAGGCUCCCAGACCUCAGGCUUCUCGGGCUCCCUCUUCUCUCCGGCCUCAUGCUCCAUCCUCUCAGGCUCCUCCAACCAGCGGGAGACCGGGGGCCUCCUGUCCCCCAGCACACCGUUUGGUGCCUCGAACCUCCUGGUGAACCCCCUGGAGCCCCAAAAUGCAGACAAGAUCAAGAUCAAGAUCGCAGACCUGGGCAACGCCUGCUGGGUGCACAAGCACUUCACCGAGGACAUCCAGACUCGCCAGUACCGGGCCGUGGAAGUGCUGAUCGGAGCGGAGUACGGGCCCCCGGCCGACAUCUGGAGCACAGCGUGCAUGGCCUUCGAGCUGGCCACCGGCGACUACCUAUUCGAGCCUCACUCUGGAGAAGACUACAGUCGCGACGAGGACCACAUCGCCCACAUUGUGGAGCUUCUGGGAGACAUCCCCCCAGCCUUCGCCCUCUCAGGCCGCUAUUCCCGAGAGUUCUUCAACCGGAGAGGAGAGCUGCGGCACAUCCACAACCUCAAGCACUGGGGCCUGUACGAGGUGCUCAUGGAGAAGUACGAGUGGCCCCUGGAGCAGGCCACGCAGUUCAGCGCCUUCCUGCUGCCCAUGAUGGAAUACAUCCCGGAAAAGCGGGCCAGCGCGGCCGACUGCCUCCAGCACCCUUGGCUCAACCCCUAG